AUGAAAUCGUCUUGCCCUUUUUGCAGCAAGAGGUACAGCUCCUCCGGGAAUUUUGACAGACAUCUUCCAACGAUCCAUCCUUUGGAAGCAGAUGAAUGGCUGGGAAAUCAAUAUUCACUGCUGGAGCACGAUCAACCUGCAGAGACCCCCGACAACACUGACGAGAGCCCAGAGAGCAUUCCCGAUUACUAUUCAGACACGCAUUACGAUUCAGAGUCGGACAUUUUCGACCAAGAUUCGGGUAACAAUUCGGACCUCGAAUCCGAAUCAUAUUUCGUGAUUGAAGAGGCAGAUGGCGAUUCAAAUGGGCAUAGUAGGGCAUCUACGACAGUUUACGAGGGUGCUGGGGAGCCACUUUACCGCUCGGAGGACUACGACGAGUGCUCACAGAGACUUCUCCAAUACCCAUGGCACCCAUUCUGGUCAGUAUACGAGUUCAGAAUAGCACGCUAUUUCACACUGUCCAAAGCCUCACAGGGGAACAUUGACAGCUUCUUUCUACACGCUCCGCCGAGUAGUGGCGAGUGCUCCUACAGCACUGGGCGGGGUUUUAUCAAGAGGUUGGAGGAAAUGAACGAUAUACUGGGAAAGGCGAGCUGGAAUCAUUCGGAGGUGGAUAUUGGGGGGGAGAAGAUCUCUUACUACUACCGGGAUCCAAUGGUAGUCGUCCGAUAUCUUCUAGGGCAACGUGCCUUCCGGGAGUCAUUGGUGUAUUCGCCCGUGGUGGAGCAUAAUGAAUUCGGCGAGCGAAUGUACGGGGAAAUGCAUACAGGAGAUUGGUGGUGGGAGAUACAGAAUACGUUACCGGAGGGGUCCACUGUCAUACCAAUUAUCUGCGCGUCGGAUGGCACACAUCUGACAAAUUUCAGCGGGGACAAGAAAGCCUGGCCAAUCUAUCUUACCAUCGGGAACAUCAAGUCGUCGGUGCGCAACAAGCCCACAGGGCAUUCAUUCAUUCUCCUAGGGCUGCUACCAGUGCCACCGAAGCUCGGAAAGAAUACAACACUCGCUAAUUGCGUUUUAAGACGUCAGAGUCAAAUGGCACUGCAUCGUGCCCUUGGGGAGAUCUUUCAAAGCAUUCGCGAGUGCUCUCAGGAGGGCGAGCUAAUCAAAUGCGCCGAUGGCUACGAACGACUAUGCUUUCCGGUGCUCUCGGGCUGGAUCGCCGAUCAACCCGAGCAUUCAAACUUGCAAAACAUUAGCACUAGUGCUUGCCCGAGAUGCGAGGUGGAGUUUCACAAUCUUGGGAGCACUCGUCGAAGCUCUAUGCGCAAUCACGAGGACUACAGGGAGAGGGUACAGCUAUUUGGCGAGAACCCGGGCAAUCUAGAACCGGUAGAAUACCUUGUUGGGAGAUCCGUCAAAACACUCUUCAAUGCUUUCUGGGGUAUGCCGAGGGUUAAUCCGUACGAUCUCAAUAAACCGGACAUACUGCACAAUAUUUACCUGGGGAUGUUGAAGCACAUGAUGGAGUGGAUUCAGGGUUUCUUGAAGAAGCAUCAUCGAUUGGAGGAAUUCGACAAAGCUUGGGCUUCGAUUGCGCCUUACCCUGGACUAGCAGUACCAAACAAGGCAUAUCGUUCUACCACCCAAUGGCAAGGGAAAGAGAUGCGGAAUCUGGGGCGGGUCGUUCUAGGAGCACUCGCGGCUGCUCUGAGAAACCCGGGAGUGGCUGUCAGGAGCGACUUCGCAAAAGCUUUGAAAUGCGUUCGAAGCCUAAUAGACUUCCACUUAAUGGCGCAAUAUAGGAGUCAUACAACGAGCACACUGGACUAUAUGGAGAGCUAUCUCGAGGAUUUCCAUAAACACAAGGAUAUCUUUUCAGAAUUCAGGGCGUACAAGAAGACGUUAAAGGAUGCGAGAGAUCGAACGAAAGCAAUUAGUGGCUCCCAGAGCACCCAGCGAGGCUUGGAGGAGAUCCGGGAGAUUCGGGAAAGAUCGCACUUCAACUUCAUCAAAUUGCACGUCUUAAUGCACUACCGGGAGCACGUUGAGCGCUUUGGUAGCAUUCCUCAAUACUCCACGGACGUCAGCGAGCUUGCCCAUGUACGGCAGGUAAAAGAAGCUUACAGAGCGUCCAACAAGGUUGAUGCUGCGACGCAGAUACUGGACUAUGGAGGGAGCCAUCGGGAUAACCUCAAGGAGUUGCUCGACAUUUUCAACAUCGAGGGCCGCAAGAAAACGCCAAACGAACGCUCAAUAGUAGAAAGCGGACUGCCACUGAAGCGUCUUUGCAACCCCUCCGCGAAAUCGGAAAGACUUUUCAACGUGGCAGACGGACUGCAAAUGAGCCAUAUCACGCUAUAUCGCCUGAUAAAGGAGUAUGCCGAGGAUGCGGGAUGCUCUCAGAGCUUUGCCGGAAGCUCUGAGAGCAUGUUGGAGCACCGGGUGGUGGUUUUCACAUGCUUGCAGGUUCCAAUACCAAUCUUCCAAAGGCCUGACGUAUACGAGGUUCACAACAUCAGGUGUACGGGAACAGCAUCUUUUAGGAAGGGGAAAAUAAGAAAGGAUUGGGCAUGGAUAUCGGUAGGUUCUUCAGAGCAGUGGGGAGUGUUUCGGGGACGCUUACCAGGACGUUUGGAGGCUCUGUUCAAGGUGCGGGAUAGCACAGGGCGCGCACAUAGACUAUGUGUAGUUGAGCUGCUUGAGGUGAAGGAUCGUUGUAUCGCUGAUAGCUCACAUGGGCUGCUGAAGGUCUGUAGGAGGAGGAGGAAGAGGAUGUGGGUCGUGAAUAUUCGGAGUAUAUUAGGAAUGGCCUAUUUGUUCGAGGUGGAUGCUGGCAAUUGGCUGGUAAAUACUAGGAUAGAUUUGCGUACGUGGAAUGAAUUCAGUUGA